AACGCCGACAAGAUGAAUUCGGGCGAGUGCGUGCCCAUCGCGAGGCAGAAGAAGAGGAAUAGCCUCGAGCUCGCGGGGCUCCGUUCAGCAUUCUAGGGCUGCAGUAGGGACGCCUGCCGCCCCGAAAAACAAACAUGGCCGAGGAAUCGAUGAUGUCGACGGCGGAGAGCGGCAUGGAACCGCCACCUGGAGCGCCAGCCGGGGCACCGGCGGAAAUGAUCACAAAAAAACUGGCCAAUUAUUGGUGUCUAAUUGGAUCGAUUCCGAUGAUCCUGUUCCUGCUGGUCGCCAUCCCGACCAUCUUUUAUGUCAAAAAGUUUUCAGAUUAUGUGAACGCCGAGUACUGCGACACGAAGUCCUGCAAGGACCUGGCCGACACGAUCUUAAAGAUGGGCGACGCGAAGGACGCCUGCAAGAGUUUCAGCGCUCACGUAUGCAAGGCCAAGGCCAACUACGCCUUCGACGCACUCAGCAAGAUGGCCAAGGACAUCGACGGUGUCCAAGUCGAUGCGGCAACUCCGGGCUUGGGAACGGCCAAUUUUGCAAAGCAGUUCGUGGCCACUUGCUCAAAAUUUGUCCCAGACGCCAGCGAGGAAAUAGAUACCGGGCUUCCUGACUUCGGAAAACAAUUUGAUUACUCGGGCGCCAUCGACCCGGCCCUACUCUCCGGCCUAAUGUCUGUGCACGGCGUAGAUGGACUUGUGAGAGCCGUUGCCAUCACGGGGAACUCAAGCGGAAAUCAAGAGGUUAAGACCAUAUUGGAGCUAAGCGCUCCCAUUCAAGACCUGUUCGCCUACGAGAUACUGAGCCUUAGCCGCAAGGCGUUGGUGAAUGUAACCAAACAGCUAGAAGGUGACGACGACAAUAAAUUGACCAACUACGCGAAGUUUGUACAAAAUUACAGCCUGUACACGAUUUCCACCACAAUGACCACGACUCAAAACUUGGGAAAGCUGAUGACAGUGAGUGAACUGAAGAACACACAAGGUAAGGAGCGAUGGAAAUGGAGCGAAUACUUCGAAGCCUUCAAAGACCUUAACCUGGACUAUCUGCAAGAUGACAGCAUGGUCAGGCUGGCACAUCCGAAUUAUCUACUCGGCCUUGAUGCAUACCUUGACACUUGGAUCCAAACGGAUCCAAACUUCCCCGUCAUUCUCAACAUUUAUAUGCAAGUUAUGGCGACCCUCAGUAUUAAAGGUCACCUGGCAGUGAAGGACUUUCCUGCCUCCAGCAGGCCGGCUGCAUGCGUCAUGUUGGCCGCGCGUCUAUUCCCCGCCGCGAUGGACCACAUGAUCUACUACCUACGACUCAAACAGUUUGGAGCCGCCAAUGGUAUCAACCCUGGGGGCGCCAAUGAUCUUGCGGCGAUGAAGUUUCUGCGCAGUCAAGUACAAGGGAUGCUCGACUCCUUCACGUUCUCUUACUCCUUGUCCCAGAGCGUGACCGAAGAAAAUAGGGUUCGCGUCUAUCGCAGGGUUUCGCGUCUGAUGGUGUCGCCAGGGUUCCUGAACGACAGCGGGGGCAAGUUAACAGACACUGAGAUAAAAGAAUUGGCCGUAAAUGUUCCAGCGGGAGACGAACUUGGGCUGGCGGAUGCCCUCACCACGUCUAGGCAAACAUUUCCUGCUCUCUACUGGAAAAAGAACAGUCCAUACCAGAUGUUCAGGAACCAGUACAGCCCCUUGUACGCCACCUACACACCGAGCAUAAACCACCUGUACGUGCCCAUGGGUGUGUUCACCAAGCCAAUCUUCCGCAACAGCCAAAAGAACCGCAUAUUCACUGCAGCCGCCAGCUACCUGGUGAUGAGCGGGUUCAUGAAGGCCUUGACAAUGAGUGGAGCCAUGGUCACUGACGGCAUAUUGAUGCCUGAGAACUGGGUCGGCUACUCGUGGUCGAGGAAGAUGGAGAGGUACGCCACCUGCAUGAUGGCAGACCGACAGAAAAACGACACGAUGGUAUCACUCAUGGACCUACAUCUCCUCGCAUCUGUGGUGCCAGCAUACAGAUACUACAAGCGCAUGGUCCUCGAAAAGGCAUUCCCACGUCCUGAGUUCCGUAUAGACUGGGUCAGCGACCUGAGCUCCACGCAGCUCUUUUUCUACAACUGGGCCUUGUUGCACUGCGGCAGUGAUAUGGGCAAAGAAUGGAUUGACCUCGCCGCCAAGAACAGCCAUUACUUCCGCUCAUCAUUCAAGUGCGAAAAAGGAGCCGCAAUGUACAAAGCCAAACCAUGCUUGCUCUGGAACACCACCAGGAUAAACUACUGAGCUGCUGAAAAAUAAAGCUUGUUUUUUGUUUGUUGUCUUUUAAA